GGGGGGGGGAGGAGGGGCUGACGUCAGCGCGUUUCCGGGUUAAAGGUCGAGGCUUCCGGCUUCCAUUUUUUUUCUCGUGAGGCAUCAAACCAGCGAAAAAUAAAAAUGUCUCACACCAUUCUCCUCGUACAGCCUACAAAACGACCAGAGGGAAGGACCUAUGCAGAUUAUGAAUCGGUCAAUGAAUGUAUGGAAGGUGUCUGCAAAAUGUUUGAAGAGCAUUUGAAGAGGAUGAACCCAAACAGUCCAUCCAUCACAUAUGACAUUAGCCAACUCUUUGACUUCAUUGAUGACCUUGCUGACCUCAGCUGCCUUGUAUAUCGAGCAGACACGCAGACUUACCAACCUUACAACAAGGACUGGCUCAAGGAGAAGAUCUACAUCCUGCUCCGCCGACAAGCCCAGCAAGCAGGAAAGUAGCUGCUGUGCUGGCUCAGCGGAUCAAUGCUCUACAAGGAGAGUGAUUGCACCAAUUUUUUUUUUUAGCUCACAGAUGUUUCUCUUCAGAUCUUGGGAGCACCUCAUUGUGCUGCUUUGUAGAUCUCAGUAUUUUUGUAGAAAUAAUUUGAUUUAUUCUCACCUCUUCUCCCCCCCCCCGCCCCAUUCCCUCCCAACACCACCACCACCUCCAACCAGCCCAUUAGAAAGCUUGCUCCUUUUUAUUAUGCAUUGGUGUUUUAAAACAGGAACCGUAUUGAAUGGAAUGAAGGGCCCUGCUCUUACAUUCACACACCAAUGUCGAAAACAUACCUGACUGCUUUUGUCAUUCAUGGGUGGACUCUGACAUAAUACUGGCACUUCGGCUUGUUUGUGUUCAGACCAAGAUCAUCAUAGAUGAGAGUGGAUUUACAAACACUUUUUCUGUAACCUGUCCUGUUGAUAGAACUGAGGACUGAACAGACUGUCUUGGAAGAAAAGCUCUUUUGGGUUAAACGUUUUUCUAGAAAGUUGAAAUUUCUUGUCUGAUGUGUUGUUUCUGCAGAGUUGUUUCUGUAGGACCAAAGUUCUGGUUACCCAGUAAUUUGGUUUUUUUUUGUUGCUUCAGGUUAUGGUUUUUGCAGAUUAAAUGUUUUUGUUUUAAUAUGAAAACUGUUAUUUCAGUUUCAUUUAUACAUUGCCAUCAGAAUGGGAUGUCGCACAGAGUGUAGGCUGGAGGGUGCCUCUAAAUCUUAUACCAUUCUGCUUUCUCAGAGAGGGGAACAUUGCCUGGUGAUUCACUCCUUGCUACCAUGUCUUGGGGUUGGGAAAAGUUGUCCUUUUAGGUAUGCCUUGUAUAUACUUCAGCCAGUCAGUCUGUUAAACACACUCAUCUUCACUGGAAAUGAAAGGAUCUGGCUGCGUAGUUAGUCCUGGUUAUGGAAAUAAUGCUUUGUGUUGGGAAAUACAAUGAUUGCUGGAGUGGAGGAAUUAAAGGAAGUUAAUGAGAAUGAAAAGCA